AUGGCGUCCGUAAUGUCAAGCGCUCCGCAGAAUCCCCCGAGCUCAACUGUGUAUGCGAAGAACCUAGAAGAGCGAAUCAAGAUCGACCAGCUGAAAGAAGCCCUCACCGAGAUCUUCUCUGAAUACGGCAAUGUCAUCGAUCUCGUCGCAAAGACCAACCUCAAGGCGAAAGGGCAAGCCUUCAUAGUCUUCGACGAUCCAGCAUCAGCCGCCAAAGCGAUCGAAGAAGUCAACGGCUUCGAGCUCUUCGACAAGCCCAUGCAACUCGACUUCGCCCGCACACGAUCCGACGCCAUCGUAUUAAAAGAGGAGGGCGAAGACGGUCUCGACCGGUGGAAACGCUCCAGACAGGCGGAGCGCGACCGCAAGGCCGCACAAGAGGCCGCCAACCAGAAGCUGAAGCGGCCCGCCGGCCAGACUGCCGCGGAGGCAGGCCUGCAGGCCCGUCCCGUCAAGUCGCAGAAGGGCGCGGGACUGAAGGGCACGAGCACCAACACGGCCGCCGUCAUUCCGGACGAGUAUCUACCGCCGAACAAGAUCCUGUUCCUGCGGGAGCUGCCCGACGACUACGACGCGGAUGGCUUGUCGCGAAUCUUCUCCAGAUUCGAGGGUUUCCGAGAGGUGCGCAUGGUGCCCGGUCGGAAAGGGAUUGCGUUCGUCGAAUACGAAGCCGAGGCUGGAGCCAUCAGUGCGAAGGAAGCUACGGCUGGCAUGCAGCUCGGCGACGAAGGGAAGGCUAUUCGCGUCACGUACCAACGCGCCUGA